GUCAACAACAGCAGUUAGCAGUUAGCAGUAACGUUAACCCGUUACCGGUAACAUGCAGUGCGCGGCCCCGCUGAACAAGAAGAGACCGUUAGAGAGCGAGGAGCCAUGGAGACCGAAGCGUGUGUGUUUGGAGGCGGGACUGCAGACCGCUGAGUGUCCAAUGGAAACUGUGGACAGUUUUACACCGUCCAAUCAGCAACAAGAACAGCAGGUCCGGCUCACAUGUCUCAGAUGUCUUGGAGGAGAACCGGGUCACAUUAAUCACAUCAUGGGCGUCUGAUCAGCUGAUCACAUCAUGGGCGUCUGAUCAGCUGAUCACAUCAUGGGCGUCUGAUCAGCUGAUCACUCCUCAGGACGAAGACCAAACCUCACAAACCGUCCAGUUUCUUCUUCAGGUGUUUUUUAAAGUGUCCACUCCUAUCUGAUGAUGUCACGGUCAAAGGUCAAGAUAACGUCCCACGUCCUCGCAUCCGCUCCGUCGUCAUGGAGACCAUGAUGGGAUUAACACGUGAAAUGUGAUUGGUUUAAAAAACUGUGUCAGAAAAGUGAUGCAUUCAAAGACACUCCGACAUCUGAGAGUCAAAUUUAUAGAUUGUAGAUUAAAGUUUAUUUAUUAUUAUGAUUAUAGAUUAUAGAUUAUUUUAGAUAUUAUUAUAAUUUAGAUUAUUAUUAGAGCAGAACACAAUCAAUAGAUCAACAGAUUAAUCAAUAAAAAUAAUCAUUAGUUAUUAGUGAAGCUGCUCUCAAAUGUCCAAGUGUCUUUGAACGCACCACCUCCCAUCCAAUCAGACGGUUUCCCUCCUGACACCUGAUUGGUUUACACUCUGUGAGUCAGAUGUUUGACCUUUGACCUCCGCUGCUCCUCAUGAGGCGUUCAGGGUCUGUCAGUUAAGGGCUGAUUGACAAUGUUUUCAUUAUUGAUUAAUUGAUCAGUGUUUCUAAAAUCUGACGUCCCUCAAACGUCUUACAGACGUUAAGAACAUUAAUAAUAAUUCAUUUAAUCAGCUGUUUCUUAUAAAGGGAAAAAAAUAAUAAACUAAUUAAAGGGACAGAAAUAUAAAUGUUAAACAUUUUUGCAGAUUUAUAUUUUUAUCGGCAGAUUUCUUUUAUAUUUGGAUUUUUUACGACUGCAGAGUUUCUAUUUUUGAUGACAUAACUUCCUGUUUUCAGUCUAGCCAAUCAGAGCGCAGCAUUUGUAAAACGACUCAAAAUAAAAAAAAAUUGACAGAA